UCCAGAGGUCAAGGCUGGGGGCGUGCUAGUUGUUCCCCGGUUAGUUAGCGCUCUUUCCCUUCCUCGCUUCGAACCAAAUCAAAUUCGGAGCGGCGAAGCGAAAGAUCCCCACGCCUCCCCCUUCCCUCCGAUCCAGCUCAACCGGGCGCUGAUCGGGAAGCUAAUGCCGCGCGAGUCGCGGGAUCUGUAGCGCCAUCGGGCUUCUCCGGCACGCACGGCGGGCAUGGAGGCGCAGAACGGCGGCGGGGCGCCGGUGGUGCUCAACGUGUACGACCUGACGCCCAUGAACAACUACCUUUACUGGUUCGGCCUCGGCAUCUUCCACUCCGGAAUCGAAGUUCAUGGGAUGGAAUAUGGAUUUGGAGCACAUGAGUUCCCAACAAGUGGGGUAUUUGAGGUGGAACCAAAAGGCUGCCCUGGCUUCGUGUAUAGAAGGUCUGUGUGGAUGGGCACAACUGACAUGUCUAGGGCAGAGUUCCGCUCGUUCAUUGAAAAUCUUGCAGGAAAGUACAAUGGUAACAUGUAUCAUUUGAUUUCAAAGAACUGCAACCAUUUUACAGAUGAUGUCUGUAGAAAUUUGACCAGGAAGUCAAUCCCUGGAUGGGUGAAUCGGCUAGCUAGAGUAGGUUCGUUUUUCAACUGCCUCCUACCAGAAAGCAUCCAAGUUUCUACAGUCAGACACGUCCCUACUCAUCCUUCAUUUUCUGAUGAUGAUAUGGAUUCAAUAUCUUCAUCACUUAUUGGGGACAGUGAUGUGGAAGAGUUGGACCAACAUCUGCUGCCACAAGACGUCCAUUCUAUAGAUGUACCACCAAAGCUAGCGAAAGAUCUUCUCUGAAUUACUCUACCCUUUUGGAUUCCCACAGCAGGAUGAAGUUCAGCUGGUGCAGUUGAUGUCCGUGAAGUGCUUCUCUUGGUCACGCGAGACUGUAGGGGUCUAGAUGAAUGGCACUGAUUGCAUUGAUUCUUUGCCACAGAGUUUGCUGUAUAGGCACUUAUUACUGCAAAAUGGAAAUGACAUGCUUUUAAUUCUUUGCCUUUUACGGUAUUGUUAGCAACUUGUGUUCAAGUUUAUGUUGUAAGGUCCUAGUGAAUGCUGUCAUUACAUUUGGAACACUGGAACUGGCCUGUUGUGGCACCAGGCUGUGGAUCCUGAAUUCCUGAUACAGAAAAUGACCUAUACCUUUAAAAUUCAA